GCAAGCGUUUUCAAUUUCGUUCAGUUGCUUUUCGGUUCGUGAAGUGAUCUGCCGCAUACCAAAAAACGCGUCCGUUGCACAUUUUCAAAAAGCCGUCUUGGAAAAUUACAAACGUUUCAGGUUUCCUGUAUUCCAACUGCGUUCAACUUAAUUAUUGGCGAAUUAAACCAAAAUUCGAAGCAUACAACGCAUGCGCAGCUAUCAACACAUCGCAAUGUUGUCGCCAACACCAGCACGCGCAAUGAAAGCAACAACAAUAGCAAAGACAACCACUUCACUAGUCACAUUUGUACUUCUUCUACUACUCUCAUUAAACGGCAGCGACGCGCAAACGCAAGCGCUUUCGCGAAACCAAAAUGCAGAGAUAACCGGCAAACCAACCAUCUACAAGCCUGCCGUUAUACGCACGGAACUACGCUUUGGACGUAACCUGGAUCCGGAAAAGGUGCGCGUCGUCAAUUUGAAAUCCAACACCGGCGACAACGUCGAAAUUUUGGUUGGUAAAGACUCGAGACGCGGACGACUUGAUGAUGCAACAAGUAGCUUCUUUGUGCGUAGCGCCGAUGUACGCAAACCAACGCCACGCCCGCAGAAUGCCAAACCCUCCGUAAUUAGUUUCCAACAUACGCCAGCGUUGUUGAAACAAGUGGAACUGGCGCGUCAAAGCAGAGAUUACCAAGAGCGCAAGGCCGAAGCUGAAGCUCGUCAAGUGCUAAAAAUACAAAAUGCCUUGCGUCAAACUGACAGUACGCCGCCCACUAGCGGCAGAGCGCAAUAUGCACGCGGUUUACAAUUUCGUGACGAGCCACAAUGGCAACGUCAGCAUCUUGUGACGCAACAGCGCGCCGCCGAUGAACUCAGAUUUAUGUCGCCGGACGCACAAAAGUUUGGAGGCCCCAUCAACUAUAUACCCAUUGCGCAGAGUACAAAUACCAAUAACAAGAGCUUCUCAUUUCCCUCCGAAGCCGCCACCUCACGCAGUCAACCCAUCGCUCGCUCUUGGCAACCGCUGGAGUCCGUGAGCGCGCCACAUGCACGCAACAUGCGUCAAGCGCCCGACCUGUACAACAACAAUGCUGGCACAUAUCCACUCGGAAAUGGCUACAGCUUCCGUCCCAUCUUCAAUGCCGCUCUACGCUCUGUUGCCGAGUAUUAUACAAAUACCGCAAGUAAUCAGGAUACUGCACGUCGUGCCACGCGCCCUAAGAAUAUCAUCACCAAAGAUGACUAUGUGGUGGCGAGCAUGAAAAAGACCACCUAUAUACCCGCAGCUGUAGUGUUGACCUCAUCUACAGCCGUCAUGCCAGCCAAUAGUAAUAGUAACACUAAAACUAACACAAAUUUCGACAGAAACAAUUACAAUAACCAAUACAAUAGCAAAAAAUUGACCAAUCAAUAUACUAAUACUUACAAAACACCCUCUCCAAAGCAUCCAAAAGUGCCCAAAUUGAGAGACACACCAACGAAUCAGUAUGCUGCUGCUUCAGCGCCCACCUCAACGAUCGUUGACGGUCCAGCGGUAACAGUUAUUGAAGGUGUACGUGUGCCCGAUGCGCCCGAGGACAAAGUUAGAACCUGGCGAAAUGCGCGUGUGCUGAACAACAAGCUCGUACCUUACCCGGAUGGUUAUACGCCACCAAAAGUGCAGAUUCAGCAUUUUGAUAGAUGAGUGCAUGAACGCACGUGACCACUGCAUAACUAUAGUUAUUUAACUGCCAAAAAUGAAAAUGAUUUCCGAUUAUUUCAAUUACUUCGUGAUUACACUUUACCUUUGGCAUAGCUGAGCGAAAAAAGAGGAAUAGUAGUGAGUGAGUGUGUUUCAACCAACAACCAAUUAGUUAAUUAUCCUAUGUUCUACAUUAAUACUUGUUAAAAAAAAACAGCAAAUUGACUAAAUGAAUCGCCUACCUGAAAUGCCUAUAAGAGUUCAUUAAAAUUUUACGAGCGAAGCUAUCGUUUUUAUAAACAUUGUUGUUGCACACUUUUUGUAAUUUAUUUAUGUAUAUUUUAAAUAUUUAAUUUAAGAAAGCUACAGGCAAAUAAAAACUAAAAGAAUUUAUCAUUUUUAGUCAUAAGAUAUUGUUUCUUUUUAUGUAAAAUAAGUGGCAUCCCUUUUAUUUUCAAACUAUUUAUAACAUCUAUAUAUUUCUAAGCAACUGCCGAAGGCAAUUAACGACAGUUUUAAAUAAUAUUAUUUUAUUAAAUAUUAUAUAAACAUGCAUACAUAUGUGUUAGUAAUUAAGUUAUGAAUAAAAACCUUUUUGUUUCCCUCCUUUUCUGUUAAUCUA